AUGAAUAGAAAUUCGGGUUCCACUGGACUAGGGAGCAUCAAUGCAGAGGGUUCUAGAGCGAACGAACCCAAUAUAUCUGCGUCGGGUGCUGGGUUUGCAGUGGAUGGAGGUCAGACCGUCAUGCCGCUACCUACGACUAUAGGCUCAUCAUCUUUUUGCCAGACAGGUGGAGAGGCUGGUUUAACGAAUACAUUCAAGACAGCAGCCAAUUCAGUUGCACUGUUUUACCGAGAAGCGUUGGCACAGAACAAGCGGUCAUUCGAGUCUGGCUACAAUCAGUGUUUGCAGGACCUAACAGAGUUUGUAACCCAAUUGCACCAUCAGCAACUAUCAUCGCAUGCCUCCAAGUAUCCUCCAAAUUAUUCCGUCUUUCUAGCAGACUUGAUGGUGUUUAUGCAGUCUCGCCAGGCACAGCAUCAGUCUGCUGUUGGAAUGCAGCCACUGGCACCUACAAAUCAACCUUGUUCCAAUACCGCAUUCGUUCAGACUCCAUCCAUGUCACAACUACCCUGCGCAACAUCAACAUCAUCUUCGCUAGAUACCCCCGAAUAUUCCACUAGCACCAGCUUGUUUGAUGGAAACGACAAAAGGGCUUCAUUUUCAGAUACGCACGACUCGGCCAGUAAUACUGCACCUGAUGCAGAAUCAUUGGAUCUACAAUCUAGACAACCACAUUCAUAUCACCAUCAUAUACAGCAACGACUGAUACACCAGCCAUGGUUGCCUCAGACCUCAGCGAUCAACACACCAGGCAACAUGAGCAUCAAUGCACCAUCAGUAUCUUUUUUUGCACCAUCUCUCCCGUCACUUCCAAGUAGCUUAUUUCCAGAUACCUGUUACGACAAUCGUCUGACUGAUUUACACAAGAGGAGGUGGGGGUAUGAUGGGGACAUUGAUGUGAUUGGACGGUCUGUAGCAUCAGACGACUAUGCCAACCCCGACAAUGCAGGAAAGCGGUUUCGCUUGCGACGGGAUGAGCGCAUGUCGGAUGAUUAA